AUGGCUGAUGAAGACGCUAAAUUCGCUGUAACUUCUGUAGCGAGCACACAACGGGCGGCUUCCUUGGCCCGCCUCGGGGAGCUUCGACCUAUUUUCUUAGCCCUCCAUAUCGGUGGUGGUCUCGUCGGACUGCCUUUGCUCAUCAUCACAUUCCUUGCGACUUCAAAAAUACCUCGUCAACCUGCCCUUAUUAAUUUCUGUGUUGCAUGGGUUAUUAAUUCAAUCUCAUAUACCCUUGUAUCUCUGGGUGGAACCUCGCAUACCGCGUCAACGCCUUUGUGCUUCUCGCAGGCAGCGAUGCUAAACGGCGCUCCUCCGAUGGCAGGCGUUGGGACGUUUUUGGUUGUGUUUCAAAUUUGGCGUACCUUUCGAGACCCAAUUUCGUUGCGCGUUUAUGGUGGUCGGCAAUGCUCAGAGAAAGCUGCCCUAUUUGUUACCUUAUCUUUACCUUAUAUUGUAUUUAUUCUCUUUACCAUUACAUCCCUGGUGCUGCAAAUCAAGUCACCACACACACUCGACCGAUCUAAUGGUCUUUAUUGCACCGUUACAGGUCUCGCAUUCCGCCGCUGGAGUGUUCCUCUGUCCACAGUUACUAUCCUUAUCCUGAUGUUAGGCUUUGAAAUUGCUAUCGCAAUUCGUUACUACCUGGCGAGGCAGAGGAUCCUCAAUAGCUUUCCACUUGCAAACCGUUCCACCUCGCGGGGGCUAGUCAUAAGAAUCAGUCUAUUUAAUAUAUACCUUUUGAUAACUUUUGGUGCUAGCGUGGUCUUUCUUUCUGGUGCAAUCCAGCCAUGGGCCUACAUGGUACAAGCGGCGCUGUCAAUGGUGGCAUUCGUGCUAUUUGCCACACAAAAGAAUGUAUUCGAUGCAUGGUGUUUCUGGAAGAAAAGUAACAAUGAAACACAUUCAGAUGAAAGUGUUCCUGCGUUGCGGAAGCAUGGCCCAAACGUUGAUGCUGGCAUUAAUUUGGAUCCGCCUUCCCCUGAUAUUAUUGCUGCAGAUAGAGUAUAG